AUGGAUUCAGUACUGGAAAGCCAUCUGAAAAACCUAAGAGAAGAAUACGGUGUGGAAGAAGCCGAUAAUCCAAGUGUGUAUUUGAAAGUCAAGGAGCUGAUACUGGACGGCUCCUCAAUCAAGACAAUAUCAAUGGAAGAAGGAGAGAAACUCGAAAAGUUCAGAAACCUAAGCAAACUGUCUCUCAACGGAACGGGCCUGACCUCGCUGACCAACUUCCCGGAAAUGCCUAACCUGAAGGUGCUGGAGUUGACGGACAACUAUAUCUCGGAUCCGAUAGUGUUCACGAUGAUCCCGAAGCUGUUCCCAAACCUGAAGAUACUGCAGAUGGGCGGUAACCAUCUCAAAAACCCAAAAGAUGUCGAAUCAUUGAACACCAUGCCAGACUUGGUAGUUUUGGGACUCGCAAUGAACCCUAUGGCGAAUGAGAAAAAUUAUAGAGAUGUUGUGUUUGAAUGUCUUCCGAACCUGGAAGUGCUGGACCAAGUCGACUCCAACGGAGCAGAAUAUAACUACUCAUCAGACGAAGCAUUGGACGACGAGGAGGAGGAAGAAGACGAAGAUGUUUUGAAAAAGUUCUACGAAGCUGAGUACAAGAGCGAGGACGACGAGGAAGAUGACGAGUUUGACCCGGAAAAUCAACCAGACGUCGAAGAUGAAGAUUUCUGUAAGUUUACAACCAGAUAA